CUGGUGGUGAUUUCGGUCUGCGAGUGCUGGGAUGGUCGACUUGCUAUUUGUUAGCUUUCUUAGAACGACAAACAGCGCUGUUUGGACCGGUUUCGCAGUUGUGAAAAGGCAUUCGCAUUGUGAUAUGGAUUGACAUGACUGUUAUGAAUACAGGUUGCUCUUAUCAUAAUAUCAGCUUGUAGAGUUGCAGACUGAGCAUUUGUUACAUUUUGCACAUCAACUUUAGACCAAUUGAUUGAACUUUUAUUUUGGAAAAUGGAUAUCGAUCCUCAAAGGAGAACGGAUGAAAGUUGUAAGAGUACUAGUACAAUGUUGCCUUCCAAUCCUACUGGUAUAAGCCCAACGAAGGACCAGGGAAAAACUGUAAUUGGUUUUCAAGGCUUCAAGCUAAUUAAUUCCAAAAUCAAGUUGGUGAAACAAGUCGACGUGAAAGUUUCUGUAGUGAAGAAAAAAGAGAUGCCGCAACCAGGAAUAGAAGAUAUUUCAUCUUCUACAAUUUAUCAAAUGAAUGAACCUGCAAAAAAACUCAGCACUGCUGAUGCUUUAAAACAAAUAAGGGAAAAGAUACAAUCUAGAAAGAAGAUGAAUACAGUCAAUUGUACGGAUAAUGGAAGCUCAUCGGAGGCAAAAUUAAAUGGAAUAGAUAAAGAACAUGAUAUGUCUAAUUCAUCACAUCUUCAAUCACCAAAAAAAUCAACUGUUGAAACAAUAAGCCCUACCAAAAAAACUGAAGAUAAUAUUCAGAGUAGGCGUUCACCAAAGAAAAUCAAAUCAAGGGAUUAUUCUGAUUCGUCGCAAACAUAUUCUCGUAGAUACACUGAAUCAAGACGACACCGGGAAAGAUCAAGAUCACCAUACAGAGAUAAGGAACCUUAUCCCAGUAGGGAAAGGAUAUAUAGGCCAUCUAGAAGAAGGCGAUCAUCUUAUGAAUCCAAAACAUCAUCAUCUCACAGGCCAAGAGUAACUAAGGAUUUAAAGUCAUACUCUCGCUCUCACCAGCACCACAAUGAAAAAAGGAGUAUGUCUGAAGACGAUUCCAAACAUAAUAGAUUGUCUCACAAUCAAAACUCGAGAAGCUCAGAACGUACUUCUACCUCCUCACACCGAUCAUUUGAAGCACUAGAAGGCUCAAAGAAAGGUGUUAGUGCGGGUUUGGAACCAAUUUUUAACACUGUAAGAGCUCAUAGCGACGUCGAAUCAAGUAAUGCAUCCUCAUUACCAACCAGUGAAACAGAGGAAUAUGUCAUCAGAUCUGCUUGUUCUUCUUCCCAAAGUGAUGAAGAGCGUCCAGUAUCAACCCAGAAGCUUCAAAAUUCUGAGGACAAUAACAGUACUUCUGAUGAUGGAAUAUUCUCAAAGUUAUCCAAAAUAUAUUCUAUUAGUGAAGCAAUUUCUGAUUUACCUUCUGAAGAAAUAUCUGAGACGAAUAAACAUGAUGAUAUUUCACUUGAUGCACAUUCUCAUCCAGAAUCAAGCAAAAUUGAGAAUAUUCCUGAACAUAAACUGUCUAAUGAAAAUGAAAUUUUACUCAAUGGUGCCUCUCCUGUAUGUCAAGAAGAUCUAAUCGAUGCAGAUAGAGAUAUUGUUAAGACAGUUUCAAGUGAAUUAUUAACUCCUACGGAGUUACGUCAGACUGAAAAAUCUGAUAAAUUAGACAAUUCUUCAUUGUGUGCUGAUUCUGCUACUACGCAAGAAGCAGAAAUAUUAUUCUCACCGUCAAAUGGAAAUUCUCCUGACAGCCAACCUUCAGAAACCGAUGAAACGACCAAUAUAUUGCCUAUACCAGAUACUGUGUCCCACGAUGUCAUGUUCGAGGAAGAAGAUGUAGAAAAGCUUGAAAAAACACAUAAAGAUUCAUUUGCUCUAAUUACUGAUGCACCUGAAGAUGCCAAAAUUCCAACUUUGGCAUCAAAACUCAAAAGUGUGUUUGAUUCAUUGUUGCAAACUGAUUUCAAAGCUUCUGAAAUUGACCGUAGCACAGAAUUAACUAAAAUAAACGGUAUUUUACAAAAUAAUGUAGAAGGUAAACAGGAAGAUAUAUCUAAUUCUAUAGCAAUAGAUGCGACUGUUGAAAACAUAGAACUCACAGAAAACUCACAUGAAGAUCAUCAGUCAAAACCUUUACUUGCAGAUGACACUGCCUCCCACCAGAUUAUUGACGCAAGCCCAGAUAGACUAUCCCGCACAUCACCACAUAGUAACAAAUUGAAACUACACGCAACAACAAAAACACCAUUGCCUGCGAAAAAGAGUUAUAUUCAACAAGUGCAAAGUGAUUCUGAAACCACAAAAUUGAAUACUAACUUCGAAAGUGAUUCUUCUCCACCGGCGAAACAUUCUAUAAAAACCAAUGUAACAAACGAAGACUUAUCUAUAAAUCAAGUAACAACAUCUGUAUCCAAUUUUACCUGUGAGCAAGUUUUAAUAAAUAACGAAGAAAUGUCAGACGUCCACUGUGAUACAAACCUUGCAACAAACAAGAUCCAAGAUUCAUCCGAACAUUCAGAUCUUCUAAGACAAGAUUCCAGUGGGUCCAGUACAAAUGAUAAUGAGGAUGGUCCACGACGUUCUGCUCGUAUUCGAACAAAGAAGAGUGAAAAAGUUAUUCAUAAAUUGUUGGUCAGUAAAUCAGUGGAUUCUACCUCAGAUGCGAAAGAGAACGUAUCACCAAACAACCAAACGACAAUAGAAACUAUAAUACAGACCAAGAAUACAAUCAAUGGCCAACAUCAAACUAUUGAAAGGAAAGAGAUGACAAAAGAAGAAAUUUUCAAGGCAAAAAUAAAACUGGCAGAAGAUGUCACCGACGAUUGUCCUGAAUUAUUUGAAUUGCUGGACGAAAAUUUUUACCUAACAUCCAAAAAGAAAUCUCGAGCCCGUAAAGAGAUUCGGCGCAUGAUUUGUGAAUGUGCAUUCGAAGAAAGCUCUGAUUCCGAUGGACCCUGUGGGGAAAAUUGUUUGAAUCGUCUUCUCAUGAUUGAAUGUUCAUCUCGCUGUCAUUUUGGAGAUCAAUGCACAAAUAAAAGGUUUCAGCAACGAAUAUAUGCUCGGACAGAAGUUUUUAAAACAAGUUUUAAAGGCUGGGGUAUUCGUGCUGCUGAUGAUCUUACAUCCGGUGAAUUAAUCAUGGAAUAUUGCGGAGAAGUUGUCCAUCAACGUGAAUUUACCAGAAGAUCACUGGAAUAUUCAAAAAGCAAUCAUGCACAUUUCUAUUUCAUGGCUUUGUCACAAGAUGAGGUUAUUGAUGCAACAUACAAAGGAAACUCGUCGAGGUUUAUAAACCACAGUUGUGAUCCGAAUGCUGAAACACAGAAAUGGACAGUGAAUGGAAGAUUGAGAGUUGGAUUUUUUAUGUUGAAAAAUAUCAAGAAAGGGGAAGAAAUUACUUUUGAUUAUCAGUUUGAAAGAUAUGGAAAAGUAGCUCAGAAGUGUUUCUGUGGCACAGCCAAAUGUCGAGGAUAUCUUGGUAAAGCUCCCAAUGAUGAUGAUAAUGAUGCAGAUACAAAGUAUUCAAGAUUAUUGUCAAAUGAUGCAGCAUCUGAUGAAAUUUUUGAAGAUGGAACAAGUAUACAGGAAAAAGAAGAAAAAGCAAGAGGAAAAAAGAAAAAAUUGUCCUUGUUUGCAGAUGAUACGAUGGAAAAAGAUAUUUCCAAGCUUCUUGGAGGAUUGCGAUCAUCAAAAGAAGUUCUUUCAUUAUCACGUUUGAUGGUUCGAUGUGACACUCACUCACAGAGAGUCAUGUGUCUUCAGGUCCUCAAGGAGACAACAAGCCAAACAAGAUUAAAAACCUUUCUUCAAUUUCAUGGAUUAUCCAUUAUAUGGAGUUGGAUGGUUGAUGUCAGUGGUGUGGAAGAUAACGAUGCUUACAAUCUGAAAAUGGAAAUUAUAAAUACACUGUGCAUUCUACCAAUCACUAAUAAAAAUGUGAUUGAAGAUAGUAAAGUAUUAUCAGUCGUACAAAGAUGGGCCAAACAAGAUGAAGAAGAUAAAGUUAAAUCAGAAGAAAUCGAGGCUGUAGAUUCUGAAAAGAAAGAAGAAGAUACUGCUGAAAGUGAUAAUGAAAAAGAUGAAGUUUCGCAGGGGACUGAAAAAGUCAAAGGUGAAGAAAAAACUGAGGUUUCCACUAUGAUAGAAACAACAACUGAUUGCACUGUUGAGAAGCCAGAUGAAAUACCUAAAGAACCUUCAUCAGAUGAGGAUAUGUCAGACAAUAAAACGUCAUCAGAUUUAACUGAAAUCAAGUUAAUAAAUGAAAAAGUAUUAACGGCUGCUGCUUCUCUUCUCGAUUCAUGGAAAGAUUUGAAAGAAAUUUACAGAAUACCAAAGCGGCAAAAACCCAUCAAUUCUCCAUCAGAUUUCGAUUCAAAUUCAAGAGAUAAUUCAAGAACUUCGUCCCCAACACCCAAUCGUACUCCUAAACAUAGUCGAACAGAAGAUAAUGAAUACCGAAGUAGUCGUCCACUACAUUCGCGUCGAGACAGCAGUCAGGAAAGAUGGAGGGAACGAGAUAGCCUCGAUCGAAGUUGGGACGGGGAAAGGAGCCGACAUAGAGAUCGUAGAAGUGAUUAUGGUGAUAGUAGAUAUUCACCGGGAUCAAGUCACGAUAGUAGAAAGGAGCCCGGAAGAAGGAAAAGAAGAUUCUCUACUGAUAGUGAUGACGGCAAAAAUGUACCAUGGUAUUGUCGACCCCCACGGAAUAGCAGAUUUGAGUCUAAAAUGUCACGUCAAGAGUACAGAAAAAGAUUUGAAAAAGACGUUAAAAAAAAAGAGCUAGAAAAGAAACGAAGAAUUGAGGAACGAAUGGAAAGCGAUAACAGCAUGACUCCUAAUACCAUGUUUUCUCCAAUGCACAGUUUUCAAGGAAUGAAUGAUGCACCACCACCAUCAGACAUACCCUCUCUAAUGGGUCAGGAUGGAGCAUUACUAGCACAAGGUGUUGUUCCAUCUAACGCUACGUUCACGCCCAGUGGAUAUUCUGGAAAUUUAAUCCAGAUCAAUCCAUCACAACCAUCACAACUUAUUGUUGACCAACCCUACCUCAAUAUGACUGUAAAUCAACAAAUGGUCAUGCAGCCUCAAGUGAUGCAACAAAACCAAUUUGCAAUGCAAGUUCCGGUUCAAACUGGUUAUAAUAUGGUUGGAGUUUAUAAUCAGGAUCCCAAUAUUCAAAUGAGUAUGCAAGGUGCAUAUGCUGGACAGCAACAACAGAUUAAUGCAGUUGCGCAACAGAUGAUUCCAAAUAACGUUGGUAUGCUUCAACAACAACCUCUUAUGCAACAACAACAACCACAAAAUUUGUUUCCACAACAACAACCCCAACCUCCUGCAAGUAAUUUAACAAUACUCGGAUCACGAAACGGACAAGCUAUUGUGUUACUAACUGCAGAACAAUUACAAAAGUUGACACAAGGCAAUGCAUCAGCUCAACCUGAACCUUCUGAAAUUCAAGCCACUGUUUCAACUCCUGUAAAACAAGUCAAUGAAACCCCAGUAAAACAGGAACGAAAGCCUAAAGAAUCUGCUUUAAAAGUUACUAGUUCUGAUAGCAAAGACUCCAGUCCAUCAAAACUGCCACCUAAUUGGAAAACUGCUCAUGAUGCCGAAGGAAGGAUUUAUUAUUACCAUGCAAUAACAAGGCAAACGCAGUGGGAUGCACCAACAUGGGAUGGUAGAGAUGAAGAUAUGAUUGGAAAGAAAGAAGCUGAGAUGGAUUUGUCAUCAACACCAACACAUGAUGAAAGACGUCAUAAGACCUCACGGAACAAAAACGAGAAUGUUACUGAGGAAGGAAAAAAGGCAAAAGAAACUUUCAGAUUACACAUGUCACAGUUUGUUGUGCAAUGUCUCAGUCAAUACAGAAAAUCUGACAGGAAAGUUGGUCGGAUUACGUCAACGGAAGAUUUCAAACAUCUUGCUCGAAAGCUAACCCACAACAUAAUGCAGAAAGAAAUCAAACAAGUCAGAGUUUGGGAAGAUUUAGAUUUUAAUGCAAACGUUCGUUAUAAGACGAAAGAAUAUGUGAAAAAAUAUAUGAGUAAAGUUGGACCGAUCUAUAGAAUUCGAGACGACAAUCCUAUGGAUCCAAUAUGAAUCGAAGAUACAUUGUACUUUUCCACGACCCUGUGACCUCUAUUUUUCAGCCGUUUUUUUAUUUUGCACUAGCGAUGGGUCCACGUUUUACAAACUGUAUUUCUCUGAUUAUCAAUCAAUGAGGGAGCGAGCAGUCACCAAACCAGCAAGAAUCAGCAUAUUCUCUGUGUUUUCUGUUUGGAGGUCAAGCUUGUUGCUUGGUUAUAAUAUAUGUAAUGAACUUAAUUAAAUCACUUAUAAGCGUGUUAUAUGUUCUCAGAUUGUCAUAUAUAUCUGGUGGAAUAUUUUGAUAAAUAGUGGACACUCUUCCAUAUUAAAGGAUUGUGACCGGGAAAUUCUAUAUAAAUGGCCCAAUUUUUUUUUUUAAAUUGCAUUUCUAUUAAUCUUUUGAGGCCUUUUGGAUCACUUUGUAUUUUGUCGUGAACCUCUGCUUUUGCAUUCUUGUAUGAUUGCUUUUUUACCAAGUAAAUUUUUCAAUUUAUUUUUUUCAGCUGUAAGCUAUUUAAUUUUUUCGUCGAUAGUCGUUUAAAAUGCAAUUCAAUAAAUUUGGUUUUUACUACAA